GCAGUGUAUUUAUGAGCAGUUAUCGGUGUGUCGUGUUAUCAGGGAUUCAAGACGGAAGGGAAGGCAUUCAAAAUCAUGCAAUUUUAAAAAAAUUUUACAGCCACUUGUAGCCAAUGUACAAAUUACGAGAACUGACAAAAGAAAUGCAAGUAGUAUCAAAAACUAACUAGAAAAACAACUUAUCAUGACUACCUCUACAAGGUCGGUAAAUUAGUAUUCAGUGACUGAGAACAAAUGUGGAUGUUCCCAACAAAAUGUGGUCAAAUACCUAUUAGGAUGGACUCGAGUAACCGUCAACACUGGACUAUCAAGGAUCAGUAAUUACCAACUGGACCACGCCAUAACCCUAAGUUUAAUCAAACAUGACCUUAAUGUCAAUGGUCAGGCAAUAUGUAACAGUAAAAUUAAGUAAUGAAGCAAUUAGUCCCUUCGAUAAAUUUCGACAUAGUUCUGACAAUCUUCGGCUCCUUAUUACAUUAAGUAAUGAAGACUGUGAUAGAUGGCCCGUUUGAUUGGGAUCGCUCAAGUUGGGGAGUUCUUCUCGGAGUCAUUUUCUGGGGUUAUUUUCUUGGGCAGAUACCUGCAGGUAUCCUUAUUCAAAAGUUCAGCGUUCGCUCAGUCCUACUUACAUCCCUAAUUCUUAUGAGCACGUCAACAAUACUUGUUCCAGUGGUAGCAAUAAGGUCUCUAUACUUAUUUUGUGCCUUACGAGUGCUUACAGGAUUGGCAUCCGCAAGUUGGUUUCCUGGAUUCUAUCAACUUUGGGCUGCCUGGGCACCUCCGAAUGAGCGUGGACUUUUAAUUGGAUUUGCUUAUGCAGGACUUCAUGUAGGUAGUGCUAUUACAAUGCCUAUUACUGGAGCUUUAUGUCAAACAUCAUUGGGAUGGUCACUAGUUUUCUACUUCUAUGGUGCAAUCAGCUUUGUUUAUUGUAUCAUAUGGUUCAUGUUUGUAUAUGAUGAACCUAAGUUACAUCCAAGAAUAUCUAUGGAAGAAAAGACUUAUUUAGAAUCAACCUGUCCAGUUAUAACGAAAAACAAGGAAGGAAAGAUUCCAAUAAAAUCUAUUUUGACAUCACUCCCUGUUUGGGCAUUCGUUAUUGUAAAUAUUGGGAUAGAUUGGAAUUUAUAUACUUUUCUAACAAGUGUACCAACGUAUAUGCGUGAAGUGUUACAUUUUGAUUUUCAACGAAAUGCUCUAUUGUCUUCCCUACCAUAUAUCGGUAUGUGGAUAGGACAACUAAUAUUUGGUUGGAUAUCCGAUAUCCUCUUGGCUCGUCGAAUUCUAACUUUGAGUGUUGUUCGUAAACUGAUGAACAGCAUAGGUAUGUUUGGACCAGCUCUCCUUAUGAUACUGAUCACAUUGUUUGAUUGUCAUAAUAAAUAUGCAGUUGUUGUUCUAUUAACAUUUGGAUUAUUCUUUAGUUCUGGUGUUUUCUCUGGUGGAAUGCUUAGUCCAAUUGAAAUUACACCAAAAUAUUCUGGUUUAUUGUUUUCUGCUUCUAAUUCACUUGGUGCAUUAACAGGAUUUUUGAGUCCAGUCGUAGCAAAUGCUUUAACACCAGAUAAAACUUAUGAACAAUGGCGUUAUGUAUUUUAUUUAGGUUCUAUCAUAUUUUUUAUUGCUGGAUUAUUUUUUUUAAUUUUUUCAUCAUCCAAUAUACAAUCAUGGGCUACAGAAAUUGUUGAUUAUGAUGUUGAUAAUGAUGAUCAUGAUUAUCAUUAUGAUCAUUCACUUAGCAACAAAACUUCCUCUCAUCAAAUUAAUAAAGAGAAUAUAGAAAUUUAA